GACACUUCUUUAACUCUCUUUAUUUACUAAAAUGCCAUCUCGCCAGCCGGAUUUUCCGCCGACGCCGACGGUUAGUGAAGGCCACCACAGUUUUCAGACUCUUCCACUUAUCAUCGCCGGUUCUUUGACUUUAACCGGAGUGUUACUCAUCCUCUUCACUUUACUUAUUUACCGGAGACUCUAUCGAAACCGUACGGCUCCUUCAGAUCUUAUCUCCAACUCUAAGUCUCCACAACACUACCAAUGUCGACGCUUCUCUUACUCUCAGCUCCGCCGCGCUACAAACUCUUUCUCCGAGUCGACUCAGCUCGGUCACGGCGGAUUCGGCUCUGUUUACAAAGCUGAUUUCCCCAGUGGCGGUGACUCUCUCGCCGUCAAAGUCAUGGAUACCUCCGCUGGUUCUUUACAAGGCGAGCGUGAGUUUCACAAUGAGCUUUCUCUCUCUUCUCACUUAAUCGGAUCUCCUCAUGUCGUCUCUCUCCUUGGAUUCUCCUCCGAUCGUCGUGGUCGGAAGCUUAUUCUCGUCUACGAGCUUAUGGCGAAUCGUAGUUUACAAGACGCGCUUUUGGAUCGCAAAUGUGAGGAGCUUAUGGAUUGGAACAAAAGGUUUGAGAUUGCGACGGAUAUCGCUAAAGGAAUCGAGUUUCUUCACCAUUGUUGUGAUCCAGUUAUCAUCCAUGGAGAUAUUAAACCUAGUAAUAUCCUUCUCGAUUCUGAUUUCAAGGCCAAAAUCGGAGAUUUCGGUCUCGCGAGAGUAAAGUCCGAGGAUUUAGAUACUAGGAUUCUGAUUGAGGAAGAAGAUAAGAGCAAGGAUGUUGUUGAAGAUAAUGGGUCGAUUCUUGAAGAGACUGAAAGCGUGAUUACUGUGUUUGAAGAAGGUAAUAAUGUUGUCAAUCUCUCGCCGGAGAAUUGUGGGAUUAGUGUCUUGACGGAGACGGUGGCGUCUCCGGGUGAAAAAUCUGGACUUUCGCCUGAGAAUUGUGCAGUUAGCGUUUUGAUGGUGGAGGUUGGAGCAACAUCUCCGGGGAUGACAUCGAUACCGUCGCCGGAAACUUGUGCGAUUAGCGUCUUGACGGAGACUGGAUUGUCACCGGGAGGGGCAUCAGGAUUAUCGCCGGAGAGUAGUAAGAUUAAAGUGGGAUCGAAGAGAGAUUGGUGGUGGAAACAGGACAACAAUGGUGGAAGCAGAGGAGGGAUUGAAUCAGGGAGUGUGAAGGAUUACGUGAUGGAAUGGAUUGGGAGUGAGAUUAAGAAAGAGAGACCUAACGAAAAUAAGGAAUGGAUCAAUAAUGGUGAUGGGUCAUCAUCAGUCUCUAAGAAGAAGAAGAAAGAGAAGAAGAGAAAGCCUAGAGAAUGGUGGAAGGAAGAGUUUUGUGAAGAGCUAACGAGAAAGAAGAGGAAAAAGAAAAAGAAGAAGAAAAGAGGGUUAAGCUCAAUUUCAAGCAUUGACUCUUGGUUUCAUAGAGACGAUGAUGCUUCCUCUGUUCAUGACCACAAUCUUAACCCUACCAAGAGGAAGAAGAGGAAUAGUAUAGAUUGGUGGGUAGAUGGGUUAAGUGGGGAGCUAAAGUCAGCCAUGGGUAAGAAAAACAGUCAAGAUUCUGGUCUGUGGUGUGAUGUGAAUGUUCAGAAGAGUGGUGGAGUCAGCAGCACACCGAGUAUGAGAGGUACGGUGUGUUACAUUGCACCAGAAUGUGGAGGAGGAGGUGUGUUGUCUGAGAAAUGCGAUGUUUAUAGUUUUGGGGUUCUGCUUUUGGUCCUUGUCUCAGGAAGACGGCCAUUGCAGGUGACUGCAUCACCGAUGUCGGAGUUUGAGAGGGCUAAUUUGAUAUCAUGGGCUAAGCAAUUGGCUUGCAAUGGUAAAUUGUUGGAGUUAGUUGAUAAAUCUAUACACUCUUUGGAGAAAGAGCAAGCGGUUCUUUGUAUUACUAUUGCAUUGCUUUGUCUGCAAAGAUCUCCAGUUAAGAGACCGACAAUGAAGGAGAUUGUUCAGAUGCUUUCGGGUGCGUCUGAGCCACCGCAUUUGCCGUUUGAGUUCUCACCGUCGCCGCCUAUGGGUUUUCCGUUUAAGUCAAGGAAGAAAGCACGGUGAAAUUCGGGUUUGGUUUUGAGCUCAGUCAUCAAGUGUAGACUUACUCUAAACCAAUUGCGACUUGUUGGAAACCGUUUGAUUCCAUAAGAUUAGCUUUUUGCAAAUAUUUAAUCUUAAAUGUUUAACAUUUUAGUUUAGACAAUAAAGAAUUUCCAAUUGA